AUGCAACACCCGGGCCUGGGCUGUAGAGGAACUCCUAGUUUGGCUAAAGGCAUCAAGGAAUGCACAAAUGCCGCCUCGUGGCCGAAGCUCGGCGAGGCCAAUGCCCUCGAUGUGAAGACUUGCCGCUUGAUCUUGGCAGAGCUGGAGGCUCGCAGUGAGUUUAUCGGCAGGGCCGAUCGCGAGGCGCUGCUGCUUCUUCUGGCCUUGCACAAGAGCGCGUUCGAUCGCACUGCUGUGGCUCUGGGGCUGCCGCAUCCACUGUAUGACGAGGCUGCCAAGAAGCUGCUGAAGGAGCUGUCGAAGGAUGCUGCUGCUCAGAUCAGCGCUUUGCCCAUGGAGAACUUGUCUCGUCCUGUCUUGGCCAUGGCUCAACUUGGCUCCAUGAGCCGCCGAGCUUUGCACAGCCUUGACGAACGCCUGAAGUCAGGAAGGCUUUUGUCCUUGUCACCCGCUGCCUUCGUGUCGCUCGCCUAUGCUACGCGCUUGGUGCGCGGGCCAGUUCCUCGAGAGGAGUUGCGGCUUCCGCUCUGCCUGGCCUUCGGUGCCCUCCUUCAUGGCAUGGAGCCGAAACAGGUGGCAAGCUGCAUCGAAAGCUUGAAGGGCUACAGCUACAAGGCAUAUCGCCACGUUUUCGAAGCAGCUUAUGCUCGCUUGGCGUCUGCCCUCGAAAGCCAGGCUGCAGGCCUGGGUGACCAGAGGCCAUGGGCCAUCCUGACACCAGCGGAGGCAGCUGCAGCGAUCAAAUCGUUCCCAGAGCUGAAGUUCGAGGAUUCGAGGCUUUUGCUUCGCAUGUUGCGAGCACUGAGCCCAUCCUCUGCGCAAAGCAGUCCAAGGCGCUUGGCAUCCCCCGAGUCUGACGGAGGAGCUGCAUAUCCGCCCACAGAGCCGGUACUUCAACUUCAUCAACCUAUGGGAAUGCUGGGGAGGAUGGGCAUGGUGGAGCUGGUGGACAUCCUUGAGGCCUUCGGCCAACAGGGCCUCAUCGGCUGUGGAGCAGUUGCCGAUGCGAUUGUGGCCAGAUACGGAGCCAAUGGGGGAAGACUGUCACGGCGCAACACAGCCCGAGCUCUGUGGGCCUUGGCGCAGCUUGGAGAACGGGAGACAGAGCUGGUGGAGCUUCUCGUUGCUGAGUUGGAGGGCUGGGAGGUGCAGGACCCUCAUGGCACAGACCUUCGACCACGGCCUGCUUUGGUGGCACUCUGGUCACUCUGCGCACUGAAUCUGGUGCCAAGGGCGGCGGCAAGUGUGGAUUGGCUGCUGACCUUCCUGUGUCGCGAGACGGCUGCGACGCAUGUGUUGGGAAUCCGAAGCCAGGCUUUGCUGCUCUUCGCUUCCCUCGACGCGGUCCGCUUAGUUGUGCCAGGAGUUGCAGCCAGGCACCUGCAAGCUCUGCAGGCGAGCCAUUCUCCUGUGGCAGAGCAGGUGCUGCUGGAAGUCGGGCGUCCAUUGCGGAGUCCGCAGGAGCUGCUGUCGCUCCCGGGUAGUCCGGAGCCGAAGUUGCUCCAGAGCCCCGAGGAUCAGGAGCUCCUCAGCCUCGCCGACUCCGGAGCGAUAGAGGAGGGUGCGACAGACACGACAGACUGCGGAGGUCGCUCUCUACUCGAUGAGCUGGCAAUUCGGUGGGAGAUGGCUCGACGAAAAAAGGAAAGCGAGGGUCUGUCAAAAGCGAAGCAGCUGCUGGGCUCAGUCUUGGCUGCGUUGAAUACGGCGCAGCUGCUGCGAGCUGCUCCGCAUCCAUUGGGCCGUCUCGCAGCCGAGACAGCACGUGGCAGUGGCGGCUUCGAGCUCCGGUGGCCUGCAGGCUGCUACGAUGUGGACUGGGGGCAUCCUUUCUUCCGCCUGGGUAUUCUGGUGCUCUCACAACCGGAUUUUGUCCUGGAGGCCUCUGCAGGCUCCACUUGGAUGACCCCACGACUCCGUGCCUCCCCUCGCUUGCGCGUACAGCAGCUGCGGGAGGAGGGGUGGAGGCUUGUACUCCUUCGUGCAGCAGCAGUAGAUGCUUGGAUCGUGCCAUUCAGUGAAGAUCCAGAUCUUUUCAGCGCGAAAUUACAGGCGCGCGUCGUCCGCGCCAAUGCGCUGUACCCGCUGGAAGUUAGGGCUUUGAAGAAGAGGCUGCGGAGGUCCAUGCGCGACGAGGUGCAUGACAGCGAGCUGCGGGAACAAAUUGUUCAGCAGGUGCUGCAACAAUUGGAUUUCAUUUUUCCGGAUGGACUGGUUUCAGGAGCAGGCAGCGUGGGGCAGCAGGAAGUUGCCAGCAGUGCCGUCCAGCUAGAACAGGGAAAGAAAGAUCGCCAGCACAGCCCAAGUGCCGCCGAAGAAUGUGUCGUCGUUGUCACAGACCUCGAAAUCGACCGUGCCAAGAAAUUUCAACACAUUUCAGCGCUGUGCAAAGAGGGAACAUCUUAUAGUGACAUUGAGGAAAGAGAUGACCGGUCUGGGGGCGGGCUUCCCCCCGAGACGGACCACCUAUUCCAGGUUCCCUGCAUCUUAUCUUUGCUUGAAGAGCUGCUCGAGGCUUCGGGAAGGUCUCCGACAUUCCUGGCCUUGGACUUGAGGAGCAUGGAGAUCUCACGGAUACUGCCGGAGCUUUCCAGCCGGGGCUACGAGCACUUCAAGGUGUCUCGUCGGUCCCUCUUCGGCUGCACGGACGAAGUAUGCGCUGGAGGACCUCUUGGAGAUGAGGCGACAGACUGGCGCCACGGUGUCAUCUGGCGAAAUGCUUCCUCCGUUGCCUCAGACGCUCUGGCCAUCCGACUUUUGCAGGGAAGGUCCUUGGAGCACUUCGUGUUGCACGCAGCCAUGGCCGGCCCAACACGUCGCCUAGGCUUGUGCUUGACGGGCCAACUGCGCAGCCGCAACGGAGUCGCAGACCUUGAGCAGGUCCUACGCCGAUUUGCUAGCUUCGACGUUUUCGCGGUUGUACCUUCUCAGGACUGUGCUCGGGCUUGCGAGGUGCUCGCUCCACUGCGAGCACAGGUCUACGUAUGGCGUGAUGUUGACACUUGCGGCCGCCUUCUUCACCGCUACAUGAGACGCCCUCCUCCUGCGGGCCCUGCACUUGCGGCUUCCCUACGUGACCUGGUGACCCACAGCCAAGCCAAGGUGAGAGAAGUAUCUAUGACCAAAGAAGGCAUGGACAGAUCUUUGAACAUCUGCAUGGUGUCAGACUUCUUUCAUCCUGGCCUGGGGGGCGUUGAGAUGCACAUCUACCAGCUCUCCGAGUGCUUAAUUCAGCGUGGGCACAAGGUCAUCGUGGUGACCCACUUUCGUGGGACUCGACAAGGUGUUCGCUACAUGCGGAAUGGAUUGAAGGUCUACUAUCUUCCUUUCUUGCCUUUCCAUGACAAUUGCACCUUUCCUACGUUCCUAUCGUUUUUUCCACUGAUUCGCAAAGUUCUCAUUCGUGAGCGCAUUGACAUCGUCCAUGGCCACCAAGCUACGUCCAACUUGGCGCACGAGUGCGUGCUCCAUGCGCGGACCAUGGGCUAUCACACCGUGUACACGGACCACUCGCUUUUCGGCUUCGCAGAUGCUGCUUGCAUACACGUCAACAAGCUUUUGAAGUUCUUCCUGACCAACGUCGAGCACUGCAUCUGUGUGUCGCACACAAACCGCGAGAACCUGGUGCUGCGAGCAUCCUUGAAUCCAGCCAAUGUCUCCGUCAUUCCGAAUGCAGUGGACACGAGGCGCUUCACUCCGGACACUUCCAAGAGAGCACCGCGACCGGCUGUGACAGUGGUGGUGGUGAGUCGCCUCACCUAUCGCAAGGGCGUGGACCUCUUAGUGGGUGCCGUGCCGGAGAUUUGCCGGAGGAACCGGGACGUGCGAUGGGUCAUCGGUGGCAGUGGCCCAAAGAGGCUGUUGCUCGAAGAGAUGAUCGAGAGGGAGCCCUUGGCUGACCGAGUGGAGCUUUUGGGAUCGGUUCCGCACGAAGAUGUCCGCAAGGUUCUUGUGAGAGGGGACAUCUUCCUCAACACCUCGCUCACAGAAGCGUUCUGCAUUGCUAUUGUGGAGGCAGCUGCUUGUGGACUGAUGGUCGUGUCGACCAAUGUCGGGGGCAUCCCCGAAGUCCUCCCGCCUCACAUGACCCGCCUGGCUGCUCCGUGCGUGGACGACAUCGUGCAGGCCUUGGAAGAUGCUCUUGGCUCACUCCCUCUGCCGGAGGCAGCUGCGACUUUUCAUGAAGAGGUGCGCGGGAUGUACUCCUGGCUCGACAUUGCAGAGAGGACGGAAAAGGUGUACCGCAAGGUUGUGAAACUUCCGCGAGUUUGCUUGCGUCAGCGUUUGCUGCGCUUCUUGCGGGUUGGACCCGUGUCUGGCAAGCUGUUUCUGCUGCUCGCUGCCCUCGACACGCUUUUGUUCUGGUGCUUGAAGUGGUUCCAUCCAGUGGAGGAGGUGGAGUCCGCUGUGGACGUGCCCCGAUUUCCAGGUUCUGGUGGGGCCGACCUGUUCCGGGUUUCAUAUUGGAGGGUGGCCCGAAUGCGGCUGGACUUGCGCAUCGCGAUCUUCCCGAAGGAUGUGGCGGUCUUUGAUGAGGAGAAUACCAUUUGGGCAUAUGCCAUCCCUGAUCGCCAGUGGAUUGCAAUGCCAGACAGGUUCGCAAUGGGGCCACCUCGGUUGAUGGACGCAUACUUCACCACCUACCGCUGGAUGCUAGACAAAAGAAGCUGGCAACACUACGAUCCAGGAGUUCGCACUGCCUGCGCGCGACGUGGCCACCUCCAGGUGGAGCCGCCUACGGAGAGCGGAAAGCUCGGAGAGCAUCGGCUCCGGGCAUUCGGCAAGCUCUGGCCCUGCCCGGAGCACUCGGCGCGCGGCUUGGCAUAUCCAGGACCGACAUCUUGCGGCAACGUAGGACCUUGA